AUGAAGGAUCCUCCUCCUAUUCUCCAAACUCUAUACUUUGACGAUAAUGAACAGAGUAGACAUUUCCUCAACAAUAUUCGUAGAUAUAACAUGUUCUGCUUCACGUCUCUAGGAGGUAGAGUUGAUAGGUCAAUCAACACCGGUAACGCUCCUCCGAUUUUUAGGAUAAGUGGUCAAAAUUAUCAUUGGAUUGGAAGCAUGGUUCUAGAAGAAGAAUGGCAAGAACUGAAAUCCAGUCUAAUCCAGUUGUUGAGGUUAAAAGUGAAUUUAAUAGGUAGGCGAAUCAAGGACGGAAGGACAUACAAUUUGCCUACUGCUAAUGAGGUGGUUGCACUUAUUGUUGGGGACCUAGAUCCAUCAAUGGGUGAUCCAGACAUAUUGAUUGAGAGCUGGACAGUUGAAGAGAAUAAACCAUUUGAACCCUAUGGUUAUCUUGAAGAUAUUACAUUUUAUGAUGCAUGGCGCCAAGGACAUCAUGGUGGUAGGACAAGAAUUAGCCCUAAAAAGUAUUUCUCAUUCUAUAUACAUGAGAAGGUAAAUGAGACGCAUACGUUGUUGUAUUCUAGGAGAUUAUUUCAACAAUACUUGGUUGAUGCAUAUACAAUGAUCAAAUACGCACGAUUGUUCUACAUUAGAACUCAGCAGCAAGCGUUGCAGUGUGAAGCUUAUCAGGGGUUGAGCGAAGCAUUAACAAGGGGCGAAUUAGAUCCCACAUCUCGGGGUAAAAGAAUUAUACUACCAUCAUCAUUCACAGGCAGAGCUAGGUCUAUGAUUCAAAAUUAUCAAGGUGCAAUGGCAAUAUGCAGACACAUCGGUUAUCCACAUAUGUUCAUAACAUUCACAUGCAACCCAAAGUGGCCUGAGAUUGAGCGGUAUGUUGCACAACGUGGGCUUAAAGCAGAGGAUAGACCCGGUAUUGUUUGCCGCGUGUUUAAGAUGAAACUUGAUGCUAUGAUUGAAGAGAUCAAGACAGAAAUGCUGUUUGGCGACAUAUGUGGAGUUAUCUACACAAUUGAAUUUCAAAAAAGAGAUCUCCCUCACGCGCACAUAUUGCUAUUUGCCAAAAGAAUAAAUCGAGCUAAUUCCGCACCUGAAAUUGAUGCUUUGAUUUCUGCUGAGAUUCCAAACCCAGAUACUGACAAUGAAUACAAUGACGCAGUUAGAGAAUUUAUGUUGCACAGACCGUGCGGACAACUCCAGAAGAAUUCGUCAUGCAUGGUAAAUGGUAAAUGUUCAAAAUAUUUUCCGAAAAAAUAUGUUAGUCAAAUGAUUCUGGAUAAAGAUGGUUACCCAAACUACAGAAGUCGUGACAAUGGACGCACAAUUAGUAGGAAUGGAAUCCAACUUGAUAACUGUUACGUUGUCCCGCAUAAUAAACAUCUGCCUCUAAAAUAUCGCGCACAUAUUAAUGUUGAAUGGUGCAACCGGUCGAGAUCGAUCAAAUAUUUAUUCAAAUACGUCAAUAAAGGAAACGAUCGAGUCACGGCAGAGUUCAUGAGUAAUUCUACGAAUGCACUCAAUGGUGAUGUGGUCGAUGAGAUUAACAUGUACUACGAUUGUCGCUAUAUAUCAGCAUGUGAAGCCACCUGGCAACUAUUUGGGUACGUGAUACAUUAUCGUACGCCACCUAUGGAGAUGUUAAAUUUCCACUUAGAGCACCAACAGAACAUUGUCUAUGGGGAAGAUCAAACAAAACUAGACGAGAUUGUCGAGAACCAAACGGUUAAGCAGAGCCAGUUCACUGCUUGGUUUGAGGCAAACAAAAAAUACGAAGAUGCUCGGUCGCUCACUUAUGCAGAGUUCCCCAAUGAUGACAAGGAAUACAUCGACGGUAUUACUGAAUCCAGUCAUUGUGCUUCCGCGUCUGCAUUGCGAAGGUUGUUUGCUACGUUACUCACUUCAAGUUCAAUUAGUAGACAAGAGGAGGUGUAG